UACGUAAAUAGGCGAUUCUAAAAAAUAUUCUUUCUACAAUAAUUAAGCAUCUUCAUAACAGUAUUCACCAUAAUAUAAACAAUUACAUCAGGCUUAAAUGUGUUUUUCGUGAUUUGAUUUCACAUCUAUCAAUUAACCUUAAUGAAAAAAGGUUGGUUUAUUAUCUGUAUUAAAGUGCAUCUGUAUCAGAUCACAACCAACUUCUGAUUUCUUCAUGUUCAAGCAAGAUUUGUGGCCACACUACAGCAGCAAAAUCAAAUUCCAUUUUCAGUCACCUUUAUUUUCCUUGAUGUACCACCUUAAUAUCUCACAAGACAGAUAAGAUAUACCCUCAUAAUACUAUUAUUGCAAACUUUGCACCUAAUUAUCACUCACUAUUACCAUCUAUAAAUGCAAUUCACUCCAUUACAUUUCCACACAGCAAGCAAACAAAAUCUUACCUCAUUUACAAAUUUCUUUAAACAGAAUUCCUAUCUAGUAAGAAGAUGAAGCAAAUCAUCUUCUUUUCCCUCUUAGUACUAUCUGUUCAUAUCUUCUUAAUCACUGCUUCAGCUCAAUCACCUGCAGCAGCACCUAAACCUCCAGCAAAACCUGCCCCUGCCACACCUGCUCCAGCAACAGCACCGGCAAAACCAUUAGUCCCUUCAUUACCUCAAUCACCCUCCUCCGAUUCUUCGUCCGGUCAAGACAUUAUCAAAAUCCUAAGAAAAGCUAAAUCAUUCAACACACUGAUCCGGUUGCUGAAAACAACACAAAUCAUUAACCAAAUCAAUGCACAACUAGUGACAACAAAAUCCGGUGGUUUAACUAUUCUUGCACCCGAUGACGGUGCUUUUUCCCAGCUCAAAGCCGGAUACUUCAAUUCCCUCGGCGAACGCCAACAGAAAGAACUGAUACAGUUUCAUGUUCUUCCUGUUUAUGUCUCAAGCUCAAACUUUGAUUCACUGAGUAACCCAGUGCUCACUCUUGCAAGUGAUAGUCCUUCUGGUUAUCAAAUGAAUGUGACAGCUUAUGGAAACAAUGUGAAUAUUUCAACUGGGUCUGUUAAUGCUACACUCACAGGGAUUGUGUAUUCUGAUAAGACACUUGCUAUAUAUCAUGUUGAUAAGGUGCUUAUUCCUCUGGAUUUCUCUAAGCCUAAAGCUCUCGCUCCUGCUCCUACUAUAGCAAAAGCACCUAAAUCUGCUAAGGAUUCAUCUUCCGAUGAUGAUCAGGGUGAGACAACUAAGGUUACUUCUGGUGCUAUCAAUUUGAUUAGCCUUCAAGGAACAAUGUUUGUGUCCCUUUUUGUUGGUUUAGUUGCAGCUAUAGUUAUCUCCAGUUGAUGAAGACCAAUCCAUUUGAAGGAUUUAUGUUCUUUUUUAUUGUUUUAUUUCUCCCGCGUUCUUUCUUUCUUGGUUUUGUUUUGUAUUGUCCUGGGAAGAGUGUUGUUGGGAAGAGUGAUGUUUGUGUUGUUUGAGAGAUUGUGAAGUGUAAGCACUCUUGCCUGAUUUUUUCAAGUAAAAACAAAAACAGAUUGUCAUGAAAGUGUUGAAAACUGUUGGAGAUUAAAUCAAGUAUCUUCUAAAAUGUGUAAGAAGUUAGCCAAGACAUACAGAGCAUCUUCAUAUCAAC